AUGGAUAAAAACUUCAAUAUCACCCGGCUCGUUCUGCUGUGCAUUCUCAUGGACAAAAUCGGCGCGCACGUCCGAAUUGGUGUCAUUCACGCUCUCACGCAAGACACGUUGUACGUUGAUCGUCGGCAUAGAAGGUACGUCGUUGAUACUGACAAAGGCGGAAUUAUAAUGCACAUGGUUCCAAUACAGUUGUCAUCUGGUAGUCCUUAUCAAACUAUACAACAUUUAAAGAACAAAAUAUGCCUUCACAAUCUUAGCGGUUUGAUAUACUCCGUCGACGAGCAGAACACACGCCAGUGGGACAUUGGUUCGGUAUUUCCUGGUUCUUCGUAUAUUCCAAAGCUUGCCGAGUCCCUGCAUAUCCCGGCGGUAUCCGUGACAGCUCCAUUAGUACAAGAGAAACAUGGAGGAACAGAUGCACCAGGUAUGAUAUAUCUUCUUCCAAAGGGGAGGGACGUUUGUCUUGCAAUACUAAACUUUCUUGAAUACUUUCACUGGUACCAUCUUACUCUGGUUCCCGGACCAAACCACGCUUCUGUGGAAUUUGUAGCGGAGAUGGCUCUUGCUAUUCAGUAUCGUGAUCAUUGGAAGUACAACGUAUACGACGUCCUGGAUUUUGAAAAAAAUAUUUCCCAUCAAGUGGAGCAUAUUGCUCUUAGCUCUUCUAUCGUCAUUUUCCAUAUGAACCCGAUGCAAACGAGAACCGUACUGGCUUCUGCUGCAGAGAACGGCUUACUGAAAAAGGGGUUGGUAUGGAUCAUCAGCGGAGCAGCCCUGGAUGAACAACCAUUUUCAAACAACACUGGGGUGAUUCCAAUUGGUCUCAUAGGCGUGAGACCAGGCCACAUUAGUCAUACAUCUGCGACGAGGACUCGAUUCGCUAAAAUGUUAUUAUCAGAAGCAAUUGCCGAUUACGUAAACGAUGGUAACGACCUGCGUAGUUUAAGCGCUGGACCUUGCGACAAAAACACUAACCGAACCUGGGAUAAUGUUCUGCAACCGUAUUUGAAUCGCUCGGUGAUUGAUAUUGCGGACGGAUUUGAUAAAGACGGGUAUCUACUGCAUCCUAAAUUGGCAUUUGUAAACAUUGAUGAUUCCUACAAUGUGAAACAGGUUGGCACUUGGAAAAAAGGUAAAAUAAAACUAAAAUCUAUAACGUGGAUAGGACAGCACAGUAACCGACAAGGUCACCAACCAAGUCCAGUAUUAACCCAAAAGCGACUUAGGAUAAUCACCGUGGAGGAGACUCCAUUCGUGAGGGCGCUGUCUCUUGACACUGACGGAUGUAAUAAUGGGAUACUCUGCAAAAAAAUGAAUGGCACAUAUGGUGAUUUUCUUGACCGGUGCUGUGGGGGAUUUGCUGUCGAUCUACUGAAAGAACUCAGCAUGACAUUGGACAACAUAUUCGAGUUUGAUUUCUUCGUUGUGAAUAGCUACGGUAGGUUUUUAGAGAGCGGUCGUUGGAAUGGUGCCGUCGGCGAGUUGGUGUAUGGGAAGGCGGAUAUGAUGGUAGGGGGCAUGAAAAUGUCAUCCCAAAGAACCGAAGUAUUAGAUUUCUCGGUUCCUUUCAUGACAAGUGGUGUGUCUGUAAUCGUGAUGGAAUCUAAAGGAAGGACCCCACUACAUGCAGUCUAUGAUCCUUUCCAUUUUCUUGUAUGGAUCAUGGCUUGGAUAAUAGCCCUUGCUGUCACCGCUCUGGCAGUUUUCUUUGUCGAAUGGGUUAGUCCAACUGGAUAUGCAAGGAAGCUUACCGAACCGAGGGCUUCUAGUUUUACCUUUGGUGAUUCACUGUGGAUGCUUUGGGCGAUAAACACCAACAACUCACUGCCAACCAGAGUGCCGAAGAGCGUAACCGGCAAGUUCGUGACUUCCAUAUGGGCUUUUUAUACGCUCGUUUUCGUCGCCCUCUACACGGCAAACUUGACAGCGCACAUGAUCAAAGUGGAGUCAACCUUACCAAUUGAUGGUUUUAUGGACCCAAAGUUACAAAAUCCGCACCAGAGCUCACCACGAAUCAAGUUUGCAACUGUUCAGUCGACAAAUACUGAAAGUCUUAUAGAAGAUCAUAAUCCCAGAAUGCACCAGUACAUGAAGCAAUAUCUAGUUAAGUCGGCGGCAGAAGGAAUAGAAGCAUUGAACUCUGGGGAUCUCGACGUUUUUAUCUAUGACGCUAUGGUGUCCGAGUUUCUGGCCACCCAAGCACACGAUUGUAAUCUAGUGACUGUUGAUAGUGCCUUCGCCAUGACUGGCUACGCCAUAGCAUUCCCCAAGAGCUCGCCGUGGAGGGGGCUAAUCGACAGGGCUUUACUCCAGUAUGUCGAUAACGGAUUUCUGAACAUUCUCCGUGAAAAAUGGAUCAGCCUUGAUUCGUGCGCCGCCAAGCGAACGAGGCGCAGUGAGGAAGACAACAUUCUCGGUAGCAGCCAGGUAGCGGGCGCCUUUCUCUUUCUGGCCGGUGGAAUCGCUAUCAGCUGGUUUCUAAUGUUCUUUGAACUGUUCUUCUAUAAGAACUUGAAGACAUGGUUUGUAUCAGUGUUCCGCCAACAGGAGGCGAUCGCCUUAAUCAGUGCCACGUUUACCAAAAUUGUGUAUCCACGCAGAGACGAUCCCGGUCUGCCGACUUGUUGCGAAGAAUGUUACGCCAAGAGCCUGGAAAAACAUGCUUUAUUAGAGGACACGUACAAGCGAAUACGAGAACUGGAGAAUUUAAUCGAUUCGGAAAACUGGAACGACUCCGGGAGUAGCAAACAUCAGUACAAUGGCAGGCGUGAUGAUAUGGCAGCCGCAACACGUGAUCGGGAUACAAACAUCGUUAGUAGUGAAGUCAUGCCCGAUGAUUGCCGAGUUGUUUACCAGUCCAUAGGAGAAAUAACGAACACUGCCGCAGAAUCCAUUGAUGCAAUUGAGACAUCUUUAUGA